AUGCUUGGCGAUGCUGUUAUCAUAGAUGGCAAUAGAAGCCUUACUUAUACAGGUUUGAGUAUUACAGGAAUCCAACAAGAUACAUUUCUUUCAUUUACAAUUAAGCAAGAAUUUGUAAACAACUCAGGUCGCAAAGCAGACAUUAUAUAUUUCAUGCCCAGUGAACCGCGUUUCUGCACAUAUGAUCCAACAUUCAUUGUUGACGGGAAAGUUAUCAAACCAAAUCUUCGAUCCAAAGAGGAAGCCAUGGAAGAGUUUAAGGAAGCAAAAAGGGAUGGAUAUAUGACAAUGAUCGGUCAAUAUGCUGGAAAUGGUCUUGAUUCUUUCGGCUUGGGAAAUAUCGAAGCGGACAAAAAAGUUGAAAUUCAGAUGAAAAUUUCCUUCUUGGCAGAUGUCCAUGAAAAAGGAUAUAUAUACAAAUUCCCUCUUACUCACAAAUAUCAAGAGGGUCGUGUAACAUAUACUAUUCCAAAUAAUUUCGAAUUCUCAACAACAAUCAUGACAACUAAAGAAUUGAGGGAUAUUCAUGUCACUGCUAAUGAAACUAUGAACAUAAUUGAUAGUCACAAUGCCACUUUCGUUACAAAAAUACCUCCUAAAGAAGAUGCAAUUAUUAUUGAAACUUUAAUCAAAGAUGAAGACAAAAGUAUAGCUGUUUCAAGUGAUGGUUAUAUUUCUAUUUCUAUAUAUCCACAAUUCGAAGGAAAAGUUGAACAAAAAUCGGAAUUUUAUUUCAUAAUCGACUGUUCAGGUUCAAUGUCAGGCUCACGGAUUGAAAAUGCAAAAUUUUGUUUGAAUAUACUGAUUCAUUCUCUUCCAAUCGGUUGCCGAUUUUCAAUCAUUCAAUUCGGCAAUUCAUAUAAAGAAGUUGUUUCAAUAUGUGAUUAUUCAAAUAAAAACGUCAAAUAUGCAAUGAGUGCAAUAGCUCGUAUCAAUGCAGACAUGGGUGGUACUGAUAUUCUGUCACCAUUGGAAUAUGUUUUUAAGAAAAAAUUAGGAAAAGGAUUUAUUAGAAAGAUAUUUCUAUUAACAGAUGGUGAAGUUCAUAACUCAGACAUGAUUUGUUCAAGAGUACAAAAAGAAAGAGAAAACAACCGAAUUUUUGCAAUUGGUCUUGGAUCUGGAGCAGAUCCUGGUUUAAUUAAGAACAUUUCUGCAAAAAGUGGAGGAAAUUAUGUUUUAAUUGCUGAUGAUGACAACAUGAAUAACAUGAUUGUCGAGAUUAUGAAAUCUGCUCUUUCUCCAUCAUUGUCUAAUAUUUCUAUACAAGGUGAAAGCGAUCAGACAGAAAUGUGGCCUACACCAUACCCACCAUUGAUUGCAAGAAAUCCACAAAGCUUCUUCAUCAAAUCGUCGUACAUAGAAAAUAUAUUGAUAUGCGGCUUCAAUGAAGGUGAGGAAAUUGGUCUUAUCAUACCAGUUACCAAAUGUAAUGACAACUUAGGAAUGAAGCAAUUAUUCAGUCGAUAUGUCAUCGAUGAUAUUGAAACAGAUAUUUUUAGUAAAAUUUCUGCUUACAGAUAUAGUUUAUAUUCCAGGAAUUACCAUGAAAUGAUAUUUAGAUUCUCUGACCGCGAUCUUCGAAAUAAAUGCAUUGAUCUAUCAUUGUCAUCUGGUGUCCUUUCCCAAUUCACAUCCUACAUUGGAGUCAAUUAUCAAUCGGAUCUUGAUAUGAGAAUUAACUAUGAUAGAUAUUUUCGUGGUAGCGCGAAGUUCUCGAUUGCUCCUGAUCCUCCAAAUCUCAAUCCUCGCCUAUUAAAACCAAAAGCUUCUGAGCCAUCUAAAAAAUCAAGUCCGCCUAAAUACAAUAUUAAGAAAGAUGAAAGUACUAAUGAUGAUAAAACAGCUUCCAAUUUUUCAGUUCUCAAAAGUAUUUUCUCUUUCUUUUUCCCAUCCAGCGGAGGAAGUUCAGAAGAAACAUCUCCAGAUAAAUUAAUCUUUAAUCAAAAUAUUGAUGGCUCAUGGGAUAAUUUCGUUAAUGUCGAUACGAAAAUCGAAGAAAAAUAUGGAAGAAAUGUAGCUGCCACCGUUGCUGCAGUUUCAUACAUCCGAAGAACUUUCAAAGAUGACUUGACUCAAUUUUCUCUUAUGAUAUCGAAAGCUCUUUCAUUCCUCCAGAAUAUCGAUAAGGAUGUAGAUUGGGAAGAUAUUAUCAACAAAUGA